AAACGCGAGAGAGUUAAACAUCCAACGCGGUCACGAAAGCCAGCUCUUUCAAACUCCGGCCUUUCUCCUCCGCCUAUAUUCACGGUCCCCGCUAGCACUAUAUAUAUAACCCAAGAGGGAUAGCUGGUUUUGCCGAGAAAAACACUUGGGUGGACAGAAUUAUAUCCCAACAAUAUCAGAAAAUUAAACAUCAAAACUACGGAGGAGAAACCCAGAAACGAACUUGCGUACCUCGUUCCGAUAACCCGUCAUGCCGAGAAAAGGCAUGAGGACGAUUUGCUUUUCACCCAAGCGUUCCUCGACGUCAUCCGCCACUGAUUCUCGAGUUUCUUCGCCGUCGCCGUCGCGGUUCGGUUUUUCGCCGUCGAGGCCGAGUUUUUCGGAUUCCGUUAUGGACCGGACGCUCGAGGUAUCGGGGCCGGCGAUCAUGAAAUGGGAUCCGGAAGGGUCUAACUUCGCGAAGGUCACUUCGUUGAUCUACGAGAACCGCAGAGAAGCCAAGGAGUUCAUCAAGUGUGUGUAUAAUCUGCAGAAAGCGAUGCAGUUUCUGAAGACGGAGCAUUCGAGCUCCGACAAGCUCGUCCGCGGACAAAACCUGAUGCAGAUUGCAAUGAAGAGGCUCCAGAAGGAGUUCUAUCAGGUUCUCUCCAUGAACCGAGCUCAUUUGGAUCCUGAAUCCGUCUCCACCCGGUCGUCCGUCUCCCGUGCCUCGACUCAAUCCAGCCAGUCUGAUUACGACGUUGACGACUCGGAGGAUGAAACCAGGGCCGCCGGCGAUUCCAUAGCCGAAGUUGAAGAUGCGUCGAGCAUUGCGAUGGCGGAUUUGAGAUUAAUUGCCGAGUGCAUGAUCUCAUCUGGAUACGCCAAGGAGUGCUUGAAAAUCUACAAAGUAAUUCGGAAAUCAAUCAUAGACGAAGGACUACACAAGCUCGGAGUCGAGAAAUUGAGCUCUUCGCAGGUCCGGAAGAUGGAUCCGGAAGUUCUAGACCUGAAAAUUAAGAGCUGGCUCGGUGCUGUAGAUGUUUCCAUGAAGACAUUGUUCAAUGGAGAGAGAAUUCUGUGCGAUCACGUCUUCGCUUCCUCCUCCGAUUCGAUCCGAGAAUUAAUUUUCACUGAGAUUUCAAACGACGGCGCGACGAUUCUGUUUGGAUUCUCGGAAAAUGUGGCCAAAAACAGCAGGAAGUGGCCGGAAAAGACUUUCCGUCUACUUGACAUGUAUACCGCUAUAGCCAAUCGAUGGACGGAGAUUGAGUCCAUCUUCUCAUCCGAUUCCGCGUCAACGGUCAGAGAUCUGGCGGUGACGUCACUCGUAAAACUCGGCGAGUCAAUCAGGAGCGAGUUGGGCGAAUUCGAAACCGCUCUACAGAAGGACUCUUCAAAGACGGUGGUUGCCGGUGGAGGAAUUCACUCUCUCACCAUAGAAUCGAUGAAUUAUCUCACAAUGAUCGCAGAUUACAGCAAUGUAUUAGGGGACAUCCUCGCCGACUCUCCUCCACCGGAGACGAGUUCGCUGCCUGAAUCGUACUUCGGUGUCUCCGACACCGAACUUUCUCCGGCUCCGGCGAUCUCUCUCCGCUUCGCCUGGCUGAUCCUCGUCCUCCUCUGCAAACUAGACCGCAGAGCGCAGCACUACAAGGACGUUUCCAUGGCGUAUCUCUUCCUGGCCAACAACCUCCAAUUCAUCGCCGCCAAAGUCCGAGUCUCCAACCUCAAAUUCUUACUGGGAGACAACUGGUCAUCGAAGCAGGAAGCCAAAGUCAAGCAGUUCGCGGAGAACUACGAACGGCUAGCCUGGGGCCACGUCAUAUCCACCAUCCCGCAGAAUCCAACGGCUCCGAUGCCGCCGCAGCAGAUCAAGGAGCACUUCAAGCGGUUCAAUUCGUCGUUCGAGCAGGCGCACCGUAAACAUUCCUUGUGCGUAGUACACGAUACUAAGCUCCGCAACGACUUGAAACUGUCAAUCGCGACGAAGCUGCUUCCGGUGUACCGGGAAUUCUACAAUGCACACCGCCUCACGGCGACGAGAGAGAGAUCUUUGUCCGUAGUUGUCAGAUUUGCCCCCGAAGAUGUGAGCAAUUGCCUUUCGGAUUUAUUCUUCUGGACCAACGAGUCUACAGAGAGUUAUUCGUUUCUCGCAGAUUCAUCUUCUUCGCAUGCAACGUCUUCGACCUCUCAUUAAAAUAAAAAAAUAAAAAAUAAAAAACUCCAUAUAUUAUUUGGAUCAUAUUUUCAUACUUAAACAGGGGUCAAUAUUGUAUAAUAUCGUUAUGGAUUAGCAUUAAUAGCAUAUCAGGCUAUCAGCGUAUCACAUAUGUGGU